UGGGUUUGAAAUAACUUUUCUCUUAUUAUCUUCGGGUGUAACUCGGUGUUUUCGGUUGUGCUCGUGUCACUGUUUUAGCUCCAGAUGAUUUUCUCUAGCGUUGAUGAAGCGGCGCGUUCACUGCGUGUCACGUGACGAGUGUUACUUUUCUCAGCGCUGCUUCGGAUGGACCAGUCCCGUAUGUGACUAAUGGAUCAUACGGCAUUACUUUAUACAUUUUAUAGAGACUGCUGAGGGAGAGCUUCAUUAGUAUUUCAGGCACCAGUCCGUGGAGUAAAUACAUUAAAUAGUUAUGAUUUGUGGUUUAUUCACGCCUCAUCUGAAGCGAGCGGCGCCUCCAGCGCUCAUGCGGUGAACUGCAGCUGCUGUCAGUGUAAGGUUCGAUCUGUCGCGGGCGUCACUCCACACAUCGCGAUUGUUGAUCGGUUCUGGAAGUUUACGUGUAUGAGAGCAGAUGAACAGAUAAAAGCAGGAAUAAUGCGUCUCUCGGCCGCCGGUGGAUGAUGAAGAUCCAGUUAUUGCUGCUGUGUUCAGUGUCGGGACUCUGUUACUGGUUUCCUGUUCAACAUGGCCACUGUUCAGAGCAGACACACACACACUCACACACACACACACCGACCACACGAGCCGUCAGUCAACAUCAUCACAAACACACGGACAAACGGACAGAACAUCAGUCGGUGAUUGGUGGGAGCGAUGAGCAGAGCAUCUUCAUCAGUGAAGUGGAGUCUUCCUCAGUUUCCUCACGGAUCACAGACCUCAUUCCGGUGUCCGCCGCUCCUCACGAGUGCGUCUCCUGCCGGGAUUGUGCAGAUUCAGACUCCUGCUCUGCUGAAAGCGUCAUCACAGAUGCGUCUACCGCUGCAUGCGACGCUGCUGAAAACCUGCCGUACGACCCUCAACUCAGUUUUCCAGCGGUUCAAGAGAACGUCAGCAUCCGUGAGACGAGAAAACCCAGGAACAGGACUAACGCCUCCCACAUCCUGAAAGAUCAGGGAUCCGGCGGCUCCGCGGACAGCGACCCGUCCGUGCCCUGCAGAGACCAGGAGGAGAUCCCCACCUUUGAGGAGUGGACGAAGAUCAUGAUGGAGAAUGAGAAGAGUCAGAUCGCGCACGUUUCCAAAGGCCUUCGUGCUGCGGGGAAGAAGCUUCAGCAGACCGUCACCAACUACGCCUCCGUGGAGUGUGGAGCCAAGAUCCUGUCCUCCAACCCCGAGGCCAAGAGCACUUCAGCUAUUCUGAUGGACAACAUGGACAUGUACAUGCUGAAUCCCUGCAAUAACAAGAUCUGGUUCAUCAUUGAGCUCUGUCAGCCCAUUCAGGUCAAGCAGCUGGACAUCGCCAACUUUGAGAUCUUCUCCUCAAACCCCAAAGACUUCCUGGUGUCCAUCAGUGACAGAUAUCCAAACAAAAAGUGGGUGAAGCUCGGGACGUUUCACGCGCGUGACGAGCGAACGGUGCAGAGUUUUCCUCUGGAUGAGCAUCUGUUUGCCAAAUACAUGAAGGUGGAGCUGCUGUCGCACUUCGGCUCCGAACAUUUCUGUCCUCUCAGUCUGAUCAGGGUUUAUGGCACUAGUAUGAUGGAGGAGUAUGAAAUGAACUCAGAGCCGCCGGACAAACAGCCGCGCGUUCAGGAUGAGCAUGACUACGAUCAGCCUCCUGAUUUUGUGCCAUUAGAUGACAAAUCCUCAAGAGACCUGAUCGGAUCUGCCAAAGAUGCUCUUCUCACUAUGGUGAACAACAUCGCUGCCAAUGUGCUCGGUGGACAUCCAGAGACCGCAGCAGGAGCAGGAAACUCUUCCGCCGAAGGUUUAAAUAGGACAGAAGUGGUUUUCCCUGCUGGAUCGAUCCACAGCGCUGCAUCCGCUGGGCCGGUGACUGUGACUCCGGAUCAGAUGGAUGUCAUUGGGAUUACAGAAACCGCCAGCGUCACCGAAGACACGGCAGCGACACGCACGCCGUCACUCGCAGACGCCGCAGAAACACGUCCUGCUGGAGACGCUCCGCUUCAAACCGCACCUGACGUAGAGCAGAUCGUCACUCUGCUGCCCGACACCGAGGACGAACCGGAUCAGUCCUCUGCAGGAAACCAGCAGAAGGGUCAUGUGAAUGAAAACAUGAUGUGCUCUGAAUCUGCCUGCUCCUGUUCACACAGAAUCUCUCUUCAGGAGUACCUUCUGCAGCGCUGCUCCUCUCCACACUUUCUUCAGAAGAGUAAGACAGGCUCACGUUCUCACGCUGGUUCAGCCGUCACGACCCCGUCUAUAACCACAUUCACAGUGGAGACGGAGGGUCCCGUCGUUCACGCUCAAGUCCUGCCUGAUCCAGAAGGUCUCGCACCCAGUCUGAUUUCAGAUCUGCUCAGGCUUGUUUCUUCUGAGUCUCCGUCCUCCAGAGCGACGAAGCCCCUCGAGCUGAAGGUGUGUGCGUCCGCCAGCGACUGCCUCACAGCGACGGUUCCUCAGCAGAGCACCGAUCAUCUGAGCGGGUCCGGUGACAAACCCCUUCCUGUGACGCUCUCGGACGUCAUGAGCGCCUCUGCUGCACGGAGUAGAGAAGAUCAGGUCGGUCGUGAUCUGAUGUCAGUCACAUCGGAACAAGCCGGCCCUGAAAAAGACAUUUCAACUCCUACCGUAUCCAUGAAUGCAGCAGACGAGUCUCCGCUCUCUUCCGUAUCCGCUCCUGUGGAUGAAGCAGCGGUCAGCGGUGGAUCCCUGACACCAGCUCAACCCGUUCAUCCUUCAGACGUGCUCUCGGGGUCAGCGGAGUCCAAAAACAAGGAGCUCUUCGACGAUGAAAGCAGCGCUCAAAUUGAGCAGAUCUACACAGAAACGCAAAACUCCAGCGACGCGCCCGCGCACGGCUCCAAUCAGAAAGAGUCUGUUUUCAUGAGGCUCAACAAUCGCAUCAAGGUGCUGGAGAUGAACAUGUCGCUCAGCGGACGCUACCUGGAGCAGCUGAGCCAGAGAUACAGAAAGCAGGUGGAGGAGAUGCAGAGAGCCUUUAACAAAACCAUCAUCAAGCUUCAGAACACCUCCAGAAUGGCCGAGGAGCAGGAUCAGAGACAGACGGACUCCAUCCAGGCUCUGCAGGUUCAGCUGGAGAACGUGACGCAGCUCGUCCUCGGUCUGUCGGUCAGCGUGAGUCGACUGCAGCGAGAGGUGUCUGACAGGCAGAGCUACAUCCUGCUGUGUCUGGUUCUCUGUGUUCUUCUGGGUCUGCUGAUCUGUGUGAACUAUCGUCAGAUAUCAGAGAGUCCUGCCGUCGAUUCACAGAGAUCCUGCUGCCCGGACAGAGAGCCGUCUGAUGAUGAACCCGUGCCGCUGAGACGCAGAGCUUCUGAUCCGCCGUCGCUCUCGUCGCUCCACGCGCCGGACGGAGGUUCAGAAGAAACCAGAAGCUGUAAACAGUGGGGCGAUUGUGUGAAGAAACACAAAGUGAAGCUCAGCACAGAUCCAGAGACGCUGUCCGCUCCAUCGCUCGCUGACGGGAUUCCCCAGAUCACCGUGGGUCCUCUGGGUUUGGAGACGGGUCCUCGUCCGGACGGCAGAGACGUGAUGUCCGACGGCAGCUCUGAAGGCUCCUCGCAGGCCGACGAGACGCCGUUCUGCGGAAUCGCCACCUGCUCUCGUCUGUGCGAGGCGUUGCCGGCUCCCAAAGGCUGGACGCGGAGCAGAUCCCAGCAUCAGCGCGGCUCCAGACGCUCACAACAUCACCGUCAGCCUCCGCAGUGCAGCGGCCCGCCGCCGGGGUCUGGACCCGCGCUCGACCGCCUCUGACAAUCGAACCGAACCGAACCGGAGUGACUCUGAACCGAUGGCGGAGAGAUCUCCGUUAGACUGGACAUGUUCACACACUGGAUGCUAAACCCGCACAGACCCGUCAAACCUUCUCUUCAGCACUGAGGCUUUUGCCGUUUAUGUUGUUUUUUUUAAUUAUGUGCCAUAAACUUUCAGGCAAUCAUAAAUAAAACAUAAUUCAUGUGUUGCAUUGA